AUGGCUGCUACCACGGCCGCUGAGCUACAAUCGGUGGUGGAUAUCGGAGCAAAGUUACGGGCUAUUCUCGCCCAUGCACGGAGUCUUAAGCAGGAAACAACAGUCGACCCUGUCCUACCUACUGCUGAGCUUAGUGCAGACAUCGAAGCGCUUCACCAAAGCGCGAGUGUGGACCACGACCAGAGCUAUCGAUUUUCUGCUGUCGAAACCGCCGCAAGAGAGAUAUUCUAUUCUCUCAUCACUUCGGUUUCCAUAGAAGAUCCAGCGUUUGUUGACAUUUGGAACUUUCUGGACAUUCUUCAGGUGUGCGGCGAUUCGGACCAGUGUGACGGUACAUUGGUUUGCUAUCUGCUGGAAGAGUUACUGGACAGUCAGACCACGGAAGGAUGCCGUACGGUCUUCGACUACCUAGACUCAAGGCGAGAGAGAUUGGCACAGAAAGAUUUCCACAAGAAGAAUCUGAUCUUUCUUCGCUCAUGCAAUGAGUUGUUGCGGAGAUUGAGCCGGGCUGAGGAUGCCAUCUUCUGUGGUCGCGUCUUCUUCUUCUUGUUCCAAACAUUUCCUCUUGGUGAUAAGAGCUCAGUCAAUCUUCGAGGCGAAUUCCACACGGAAAACACCACCAAGUUCGAUGCAUCUGAGGCGCAAAUAGCAGAUGGCGGAGAUAUGCACAUGGAUGUUGACUCGGAGCCUAAGCCAGAUACUCCGGCAGGGCAAGAACACACCACACAUCCGUCAACCCCUACGAAAGCAGGAAGCAAGCCAGCUGCUGGCAAAGGAACCGGCAAAAGGUCAGCUGAAGAGGAAAUACUGUCCACCAGUGAUCUAUACCCUAUCUUCUGGAGGUUGCAACAUGACUUCUCAGAGCCGACCAGAUUGUUCGACCCAUCAAGUUUCGAUGCGUUCAAGAAAGGUCUAGGCCAUACCAUCACAAAGUUCAAGAAGACGCCCACAGUCGUGCAAACCAAGGCUGGCGAAGACGAUAAACGUAGUACCAAAGGCGACAUGGAUGAAAAUGGCGUUACGGGCAACGGCGAAGACCACCUUCUCGACAACUACAAUCCCAAAUACCUCACAAGCCGAGAUCUAUUCGAGCUGGAGCUUAGUGAUCUGGCUUUCCAACGACACAUCCUCGUCCAGGCCCUGAUCUUGAUAGACUUCCUCCUCUCUUUGACGGAGAAGGCGAAGAAGCGACUCGCGCAGAAGGCCUCGGCCAACAACAAGUCCUUGCUGUAUCCUUUCACUCUUAGCGACGACGACACGAAAUGGGCAAUAGCCAACAAAAAAGCCAUCAACGAUUACUUGUCUGCAACAGGGGACGGCAAACAGUACACUCGUGUCGUAGAGACUGUUCUUGCUCGGGAUAAGAAUUGGGUGCGUUGGAAGAUUGAAAGCUGUCCCUCGAUCGUACGCGGCCCUCUUUCAACGCAGGAUGCGCUCGCAGCCAUGAAGGGAGCACGCGAUGCCACUCGACCUCGUCGGAUUCCAGACAAGCCUAAUUUCGCAAUGGAUCUCAGCUUUCUGGAUGAAUGUGGGAAUGGCGGGCUCGAAGCUUUGAAACAUCCUUCCCGUUUCGCUGUCCCUACCAUUGAUCAGCUCGUGAGAAGUGUUGCCAAUGACAAGCUGGAUCUCGAUAUGGCCGUCGACGACGAAGAGAAGAGCAGCCUCGAAAAUGCCAUCGCCAACAGCAAAUGGCGUGCUCUGAGGCAAGCGCGCAAUUCGGACCUGGGCAUGUUGGAAAAGGUGGAAAGCAGCAAAGAUUUAGAAGACAUGCUGGAAGUUCGGGAGGAAGAUGCGGAUGCGGAGGUCAUUGAACAGAGCGGUGAUGAUACUGCUCCAGAAGUCACAAUUACGGCAGAAACGCCAGCGGCAGAUGCUCCUCAGUCAUUGCCGAAAGCCACUGAGGAGGACAGAGUGAUGGAAGGCUCAGAAACAAGCUGA